UUGGGCAAUCAAACGAUCCAUAGUUAUGAGCGCCAUAAAUAGUGGGGCCACCUGGUUCUCCUUCCUUCCUUCGUCACUCAUUCCAGACUACUACGUACUGACACACACACACAAUUGCUUUGCUUUGCUUUGCUUUGAUCAGUGAUAUUUACAUGAUUUCCCUUUAGGAGGAAGAAGAAGAGGAAGGGGAGGUUUCUUCUAUCAUCAUCAUCAUCUACAGAGGAAAUUGGCAUGAGAUUUCCCAAAUCAACCAUAGACGACGACGACGAAGAAAACACAUGGUGAAAAUAACUCCAAGCCUCCUCUUCCCUGUUCUCUCAUUCUCCAUCAUAUCACUAUUCUUCUUCCUCAUCCCUUCUUCAUCGCCCAACUCCCUACGCCGCCGUCGCCAUCACUUCUCUCUUCCUUCAUCCACGCUACCCGCUAAUCUCUACCCUCCUCCUCCACGGAUCGCAUAUUUUAUCUACGGCUCCGUUAAGGAAGGUCCUCGAAUUUUCCGCCUUCUUCAAGCCUCCUAUCACCCCAGAAACUUCUACCUAUUGCACCUCGAUAAUCACGCUUCCAAGGAGGAGAGAGAAUGGCUCGCUCGAAUGGUGGGUUCUAUUGGGGUUUUCGUUGAGGCCGAAAAUGUGUUUGUUAUGGGGAGAGGAAAUCCGGUUAGAGAAGAAGGGUCGACACCUUUGGCUCUCUUGCUUCAGGCCGCUGCGAUUUUACUCAAGACUUGCACAGAUUGGGAUUGGUUUGUCAAUCUUCAUGCCUCUGAUUAUCCACUCAUUACUCAAGAUGACUUUCUUCACAUAAUGUCUUCUGUGCCAAGGAAUUUGAAUUUCAUUGAGCACACAAGCAACAUUAGCUCCUCUGAUCAGCAAAGAAUACUCGAAGUUAUUGUUGAUCCUGACAUCUAUCUCGCCAAAGGCCGAAUGUUUGUGGGCAACAAGAAACGUGACCCACCGACAGCAUACAAAAUUUUCACUGGUUCCCCUCAUAUGAUCCUUAGUCGACAGCUUAUAGAGUUCUCGAUCCUGGGUUGGGACAACCUACCAAGAAAACUCCUAUUGUUCUUCACAAACAUUCAACACCCUGGCCGAGAUUAUUUUCAGACACUAUCAUGCAACUCCAAGGAAUUCUUCAGAACUGUUGUGAACUCUAACCUUCAGUUUGAAGAAUUAGGCGAACCUCAGUCAGUAUCGCUAUCGGAUUUGGACAAGAUGCUUCUGAGCGGAGCUGCAUUCGCUAGGAAAUUCAGUGCAAAUGAACACGUUCUUGAUGCGAUAGAUUCGCGGGUUCUCAGGAGGAGACAUCGAUCGGUAUCACCAGGAGGGUGGUGUGUGGGGAAGCCAGGUUGGUUGGGUGGAGAUCCUUGUGAGGUUUGGGGGGACAUGAAUAUUUUGAGACCGGGGUUGGGAUCAAAAGCGUUUGAGAGACUUCUUCUUGGAACUUUAAAGCUAGAUAGAUGUGUUCAUCAAUCAGCCUUGUCCUAGUAUGCCUAAGGUUUUUUUAGGAUUUGUCUGGACUUUUGAGUGGUUUAAUUUACCCAAUUUAUGGUUUCUUUAUUGCCAAAGAUAUAUAAUAUAUACAUAUAUGGUAGUUGUUCCUAUUUGUAUAUAAGGUUCUUCAAUUUUUCAUCACAA